AUCUCGACAUGGGUUCGUAAACUGGUUAUAGCUGCUCCUGGUUAAACAGUAGCUGGACUGUCCAUCUUCAAUCAGAACAGUAAUGUUGGCAUUCCUGAGUUGCUUAGCGAGUGUCUGUUGCCUGUCAACAGCUAUUCUCGUACCCAUAACGAUAACGAGCGAUUGGACAGGCCGUUUUCAGGGAGAUCUGAACUUCCUGAUUACUGAAGAGGUGGUGGGAUGGGAGGUCAAGAUCAAUUUCUCAGCACCCAUCACCUUAAUUGACGAAUGGAUGGGAGAUGUGAUUAGUCACUCACCAGACAAUACCCAUUUCACGCUAGUUAACAAGCAGCACAAUGGAAUUCUACAUAAAGGGGAUACCUUGCACAUACAAAUGUUCGUAAACUACCCCGGCACGUCCGCCCCCAAAGGUACGGCAGAGUUGAUCAACCUUGGACAUGAUAACUUCGUGCCUCCCAGUGCCCCACCCGAUUCGGAUGGCACGAAGUAUGAUCUAAAUGAGGUUCUGGAGAAGUCCAUACUGUUCUACGAGGCUCAGAGGUCCGGUAAACUUCCGUCGACCAAUCGAAUCCCGUGGCGCGGUGAUUCGGCUCUCGGGGACAAGGGAAAUAAUGGAGAAGAUCUGACUGGGGGCUGGUACGAUGCUGGCGAUCACGUGAAAUUCAACUUCCCAAUGGCCUUUUCGGUGACCUCUCUUGCAUGGGGUCUACUGGAGUUUAAGGACGCAUACGUGGACGCCGGACAGUUAGACUACAUGUACGACUGUCUUCAGUGGCCGCUAGAGUAUCUGAUGAAGUGUCAUGUCGCGCCGCAUGAAUACUAUGUACAGGUAGGUGAUGGAGGCCAAGACCACGCUUACUGGGGAAGGCCAGAGAAUAUGACGAUGCCGCGACCCGCGUACAAGAUUGACGAGCAACAUCCGGGGAGUGACGUUGCUGCAGAAACCGCGGCAGCAUUCGCCGCUAGCUACCUUGUGUUCAAAACCAGGAACGGCACAUUCGCCGAGAAACUGUUAGAACACGCCAUGCAGUUGUUCGACUUUGCCGAGGCCUUCCCGGGGAAAUACUCGGACAGUGUCAGCGCAGCAUCAGCGUAUUACAGAUCUGACGCAAUCGAGGACGAGAUGUGUUGGGGAGGAAUCUGGAUGUUUCUGGCCACAAAAGAUCCCCACUACCUUCAGGUGGCGGAAAGCAACUACAUCUCGGGCGCAGCUUGGGGGCAGUCAUGGGACGAGAAAAUAUCUGGAUGCAUGGUGCUGUUGUACAAAGUAACCAAGAAAGACAUUUACAAGACUGACCUUGAAGCGACCUUCACCGACUGGAUGCCGGGCGGCACCAUUCCCUACACGCCCAAUGGACUCGCAUUCCGUUCGCAGUGGGGCAGCAAUAGAUACUCCGCAAACAUGGCACUGAUUGCCAUAAUGGCUUCCCUGCAAGGCGUGCAUACACAGGCGUACCAGAAGUGGGCUGAGUCACAGAUUAACCUUAUGCUUGGGGACGCGGGGCGGAGCUUCGUCGUUGGCUUCGGAACAAACCCGCCCACACAGCCACAUCACAGGUCUAGCUCUUGUCCCAUGUAUCCGGCCCCUUGUUCGAGUUUCAACAUGCAACGUGACGGACCUAACCCACAUGUUCUGUACGGCGCUCUCGUAGGAGGACCGAACCAGAAUGGGCAGUACACAGACAAACGGUCGGACUACGUAUCCAAUGAAGUCGCCUGUGACUACAAUGCUGGUUUCCAGUCCGCAGUUGCAGGAAUAAAGGCACUCUACAUGAGAGGAGAUUUACCUUAAAAACCAUCGAAAACGAAUGUGAUAUGUACUAAUUUUCAAUAAAUAUAUCAGUAAUGUU